CUACAGACAGUCGUACAACGGCAGCAUCUAACACCAGUCGCAAGUCGCGGAGUGGGCGCCGAUCUCGUCGAGAAGAACUCCAGAAGCAAAAAAACUACAACUACAACCUCACCUUAGGUGAUUUUACAAGAUGUUCAGCCGUCAACAGCUAAUGCUAAUCUGCUUAGGACUGGGCGUCCUUGGCCUUGGUCUUUGCCUGCCCAUUGAGGAGUCUGCGGACAUCAAGGAGGAUGUCAUCAGCAUAGACAAUCAGACGCAAAAGGUGAUACGCGUGCAUCCGCAGGAGCUGCCCUCGAAGAAGGAUCACACUGGAGUCAACAUGAACUCGGCCCUGUUCCAGAUCCAGACCCUGCGGCCAGUUACGAGCAGCAGCGAAAAGAAGUACGUGGACUCGAAGCAGAUGCGAAUGCGGAAACGUCGCCCCAGGCCGGCCACUGACGGUGAAGACUCGUCGCAGCCCAUCCAAGCCUUGAAACAAAAAGAACUAAAAGCCUUUCCCAAGCAGAAAACGAAGCAACAGAAGCAACUAAAGUUCAUCCCAGCCCAAACAGACGCUGAGGGGUAUCUGAAUGGGGACAAUAUGCUGGACAUGGGGCUGCAGGUGAGCCACAGCCACCUGCUGCCCGUGCAGAUGACGCCCGGCCCCUAUCCCAUCUACUAUGUGGUGUCCAAGACCAACGGCCGCUUCGGCAAGUUCCCCAUCAAGGCCUUCGGCUCGCCGGCCGAGUUCUCCAAGUAUCUGAUCAAAAGCAAGGCGGAGCCCAUUAGCCGACACCAGCGCUUCGAGGGCUACGUCCGGCGCUGAUCUUUUGUGAUCUUUUUUGCUUAGUUAAAUUAUAAAUGAUGUACCUAUAAAUUAUUACCCCAAAACGUAAUCAUAAAUGUAAACCUAAUCGUAAUUGUAUUCGGAUUGCUAAUUGCCGCAAUAAACUUAAUUGUGCCUAAA